CCGUUUAACACAAUGUCGAUGGCAUUUCGAAGGGACAGGGUCGUUUUGAACCAUCCCCUUCGCAUUCAAUUCAGUAGUUCUUCGGACUCCGCGCAGGGCGCAGCACCGUUCCCACACAUCCCAGUUUCAAACUUUAUGAAUGCGAUAUUUUCCGCCGAUCGCAAAGUUCUGGGAAAACUCAAUUCGAAUUGUUUCACUCCAGUGCGAAUAUGGGUAUUUAACGAUUCAAUGUCGAAUGGCGAGAUGUAAUUGAGUGGGCAUUCCCGCCGGUUUUUUUUUGCGAAAGAAUGCGUUUUGGAAAGUUCGGAAACUUUUUCGGAUUCCCGGGAAUGUGCUGAGUGAUAGACAAUUGAAAAUGAAUAGGAUUGUGGUGAUUCUUCUCUUAGGUAUAAUAUGGAAAACGAGGGCUAUAAUAAACAGUGGAUCUGGCCAUGAAAGCGUGGCAAAUCCAUUCAUAGGUCAACCCACUCCUAAGUUUAUCUCAAGAGGAAGUACCUUUAGAGUAGUUACGGGUGAUACAGUUAUAUUGCCAUGUGAAGUCCAGAAUUUAGGCUCAUUUGUGAUAGUAUGGAAGAAAGGAGCCACCUUACUGAGUGCGGGUCAACAAAUGAUAACAAGAGAACCAAGAUUCUCCUUGCUAGGGUUCAAUCUUCAGCUCAGAGACAUUAGACAUUCGGAUCAGGGAGACUACACUUGCCAAAUAGGAGAUGGCUCACAAGGAGACCUCAUACAUACCAUAGAAAUUCUAAUGCCACCAAGUAUUCAUAUUCUUCCACCUAAUGGACAAGUUACUGUGAGAAGAGGAGGUCCGGUAUCAUUUGAAUGUAGAGCAAGUGGUAAUCCAGAACCUAUAGUACAAUGGACGAAGAAAGAUGGACUACUACCGUCAGGCUUACAAGUUCAGUCCGGUUAUCUUCUGUCCCUUGGAGAUGUUCAACGACAAGACGCUGGGAUGUAUCAAUGUACUGCAUCAAACGGUAUUGGACAACCUGUUUCAGGAGAGAUAAGACUUCAUGUAUUGUAUCCACCCGAAGUGAGUGUGGUACGCUCUUGGGUUAAUUCUGGAGAGGGAAUGGAAGCAAAGCUGGACUGUGUGGUACAUUCGGAUCCACCCUCUGAGGUGACCUGGUACCAGGAUUCCUUCCUUCUACAGCCCACAGACAGAAGACUGAUGACGAGCAACGGACAAACGCACACCUUAACAAUACGUAAUGUUCAAAUGUCGGAUUUCGGCAAUUACAGUUGCAACGUGUUCAACUCAAUCGGCAGGGAUAAGCGGUACAUCGAGUUGUCGGGAAAACCAGGUCCAGCAAGGAUCACGAGUCCUUCGUACUCAAACCCGAACGAAUACCUUCUGACUUGGACUGUACAGUCCGUUUUUCCUAUCAUAGAUGUCCGCAUAUUGUACAGGAGAGUGAUGGUAAACACAACUUAUCAGUACCCUGGCCAGUGGCAUGAUCUCCUUGUGAAACCAUCACAACGUUUCAACUCAGCAACUGGAGAACGUUACCAGUCUUUCAAGCUAAGUGGUCUCAUACCCGAUUCAGUUUACGAAUGCCUUGUGCAAACUAAAAAUCUACAUGGUUUCGGCGAAUUGUCUGAUCUUCAUCAAUGGUUUUCAUCUCAGAGAGGCCGACCUUUAGUAUACAACAGUGGAGGAUGGAAUAGGAUUAAUAGUUUACUGAAAUUUAUUGUAAUCCUGAGUUGCUUCUGCCAUUUCAGGACAUAUUUCCAAUGAGAUAUUUAUUGAUGAACUACAUUCCUUCUAUGAUAUUUUGUAUUGUAAUAUAUUUUUUCUUUAAUGAAUAAAAGAUAUAACUGGUUUUUAUAUA